UGGGAGAGAAUCAAAAGAUGCACAAGAAGGUAACUCCAGAAGUGAUAAGGAGACGGCAGGAAACGACCACAUUUGAAAGACAAAAUCAAGGUCAAGAUAAGGAAAGUCAAGAUGUUUCAUCCACUUCUUAUCAGGAAAAUGAGGAUGGCAGUGGCUAUGAAGAAGUAUGCUACACAGUCAUUAAUCACAGUCAUCAUCGGAGACCCUCCCUGAGCUCCACUGAUGAUGGCUAUGAAAAUAUCGACUCCACCACAAAGAGAGUGAGGCAGUUUAGAGAUGGAUCAGAAACAGAAUAUGCCCUUCUCAAGACAACCUGUGUUUCUAGGCCUGCUUCCAGCAUCCACGAGCAUGAUUAUGAGACUGUGUUUCCCUGCUAGAGACCCUCCUGUGGCCUCAUCACCUUCCUGGUAAUGAACAUGACCCAGAAGGAGAAUCCAGGAAAUCCUCUCUCAGCAGCUCAUGAAUCACCUGCUUCAGCCCAGAGAUUAAAAAUGAUGUUGUUGUG